UGUGGGCUGUUGAUGCUGUGAGGAUGUGGGCAGGAAAUGCCAUGCAGAGCCAGCAGAAGCGUUCACGCUUCUCACCACACUUGCACAAUCGGGUCCUUGCCAUCAACAAUGUACCUCGGUUGACGCCACCAUUCUCCAGGGAGCGGACACUGUCGCCCCGGAGUGUGACACCCGCACGCUCGGUGUUGAUUCUCUAAAUUCGGGCGAGGACGCCGCCUUCCUGGCCUGCUUGCUUUAAAGACAUCGGUGGCUGCCUGGUGGUGGAAGACAAGAAGGCUUCAUCUUGGGACAAAAAAGGAGGUAUUUUGUCUUUUCCUCUCUUUUCCCGGCAAUGAGGGAGUACAAAGUGGUUGUUCUGGGCUCGGGUGGAGUCGGUAAAUCCGCCCUGACUGUACAAUUCGUGACGGGCUCCUUCAUCGAGAAGUACGACCCCACCAUCGAGGACUUCUACCGGAAAGAGAUCGAAGUCGACUCGUCCCCGUCAGUCUUGGAGAUCCUGGACACAGCAGGGACUGAGCAGUUCGCUUCCAUGCGAGAUCUGUACAUCAAAAACGGACAGGGCUUUAUUCUGGUCUACAGUUUGGUCAACCAGCAGAGUUUCCAGGAUAUCAAGCCCAUGAGAGACCAGAUCAUCCGAGUGAAGAGGUACGAGAGGGUGCCCAUGAUCCUGGUGGGCAACAAGGUGGACCUGGAGGCUGAAAGAGAGGUGUCAUCCGGGGAAGGCAAGGCUCUGGCCCAGGAGUGGACCUGCCCCUUUAUGGAGACUUCAGCCAAGAAUAAAGGUUCUGUGGAUGAACUGUUUGCAGAGAUAGUCAGACAGAUGAACUAUUCCACAGUUCCUGCUGGAGGUGACAAGUGUUGCUCUUGUGUCCUGCUCUAAACAAUCACAAUCAGUUGGGCCUUU